ACUUUUUUAAUAUUAAAUAUUUAUAAAAUAUAACCAUUUUAAUUUAAAAAUUGAAAAAAAUAAUAGUGUGCUUCAUUAAUUAAUAUAAAAAUAAUUAAUUAGCUUUAUUUUAAUAAAUUAAUUCUUGUUAUUGACCUAAUCAAAUAAAUAAAUUCCUUUUUUUUUUUGCAUAGGUGAAAAAAUUGAGAAGUCUAAUGGAUUCAUCUGUGAUGUUGAUCCAGUGCAUCCUCGCAUGGAUUUCACAUCUUUUGCGCUUCCUUCUUUGCCUAAACAAAGGAUUUGGCCCCUUCCCAGAUGAUAUCUUAAUUAAUAUUUUGAGCAGACUUCCUGCUGACGCUAUUCUGCAAUGUCGCAAAGUGUGCAGACACUGGAGGUCUCUAACUUCGUCGACUGAUUUCAUCACGCUGCAAAACCAUAGAGCUCCCUCCGUCAUUCUUCUUGUCAAACCUAGACCCUCUACUUCCCUUGAAAAGAGAGGCGGAGAUUUUUAUGUUUAUGAUGCACUUGCCAAAAAACUGAGAAAGAUUUCUUUCAAGUCCAAUCUUUGCUUUGAGGGCCGCGCCAAACAGCUUGAUUCGAUUCAUUUAUACGGUGCUUGUGGUCCCUUACUUCAUUAUAAGGCUUCAGGGUACUACCAUUGGUCCUGGGGGAGACACGACUUUGCUUUCAACCUCUUCACUCGACAACUAGGAGCUAUGAAAGCGAGCACAAACCAGGUUGUGUGUGGCUUAUUCUUUAAUGAGCCGAGAAAUGAAUACAAUUAUAUAUGCGCACUUUGGCACACUAAUGUGGGUUGUCAGUUUUGUGUGUACAGUUUGGAUUCCCGCACUGAUGUGGAAAUCGCCUGUAGCUCUCUCUUAUACAAGACAUAUGCUAUGAAAAACCCAGUAGUUACUGUGAACGGAGCUCUAUAUAUGAUUGUGUAUCCUAUCGACAAGGACAAAGAUGAUUGCAUGCACGCCAUACUCGCGUUUGAGAUGGAUUCUGGAAAAUUCAACACUUUGCCGCAUCCAGAAUUUGGAUGCCCCCCUAUGAAACUUCAUCAUUUGGACAUGUAUCUGUUUGCUCAUGAUGGCCAUUUGUGUGUCUCCCAUAAUGACAUGGUGUUGGGGCGAGUAGACAUAUGGGUUUUGGAGGAUUAUGCAAACUGGAUGCGGAUGUCAAUUGGGGUUUUAAACCCUAAAUUCAGUAAACGCAGAGGGGGAGAUUUGAGAAAUAGAGUCAAAAAUCCGGGUGAGGUUGCGGCGACGCAGACAGUGAGAAGUGAUAGUGAGUCGCCGAUUGUGAUGUCGGCGAGCAAGACGACGAUGGCUACUGGAGUUGCUAUUGACGACAACAACGAGAGUAUUGGCGAAGAGAGCAGUGGAAUUACAGUGAAAUGCGGUUCUGGGAAGGAAUACCGAAGGUUGUGCAGAGAAGACAUCUUGGUUUCCAAGACAAAUGUCAAAGCUAAUUGUUAUUGUAAUGUGUUGAGUGGGGUCGAGAAGCUACGGCGAACAUUGUCAAAAUCCGAGUUCAAGGCUUUGGGCAAAACGCCCUUCGGUCAUUUGCGUGAUGUUGGCAAUCUUAAAUGGGUUAACGGACAGCUCCUAAUACUUUUAGCGUUGAACUACGUUGAACCUAUGGAGCCAGAUAGCGAUGCAAUAUCUUUCCACAUCCGUGAUAGGACCAAGCUCCGGAAUUUUUGUGAUAAAGAUGGCAGAGCUUCUGAUGAUGGGGAGAGAGAAAAAUUUGAUCCAUCUUCUCAAAUCAUGUGCGAAAGUUUCAAACUCAAGUACCAGUUGUGCGAAGAAAUCGGCCGUGGUAGAUUCGGCGUCGUCUACCGUUGCUUUUCUCCGAUCACCGGCGAAUCCUACGCCUGCAAAUCCAUCCAGAAGAGUCUCCUCCUCGACGCCGCCGACCGGGAGUGCCUCGAGAAGGAGGCCAAGAUCCUCCACCUCCUCGCCGGAGAUCCCAACAUUCUCCGGCUGAUCGACGCCUACGAGGACGAGAACUACCUCCACAUCGUCACGGAGCUCUGUACCGGAGGGGAUCUGUACGAGAGGCUGGUUGGCCGGGGGCAAUUGUCGAAGCCGGAGGCGGCCGGGAUUUUCCGGCAGCUGGUAACGGCGAUCGGACACUGCCACCGCGCCGGGAUCGCUCACCGCGACGUGAAGCCGGACAACGUGCUGUUCGAUUCUCAGGGGAAUCUGAAGCUCGCGGAUUUCGGAUCUGCCGAGUGGUUUGCAGGGUACGAGGAUCGGAAGAUGACGGGAGUGGUGGGGACGCCGUACUAUGUGGCGCCGGAGGUCUUGAUGGGCAGGGACUACAACGAGAAGGUGGAUGUGUGGAGCGCGGCAGUCAUUCUGUACAUAAUGCUCGCCGGAACGCCGCCCUUCUACGGGGACACUCCAACGGAGACUUUUCAGGCCGUCCUAAGGGCAAAUUUGAGAUUCCCACCCAGAAUAUUCCGGUCAGUCUCGCCGGAAGCUAAGGAUCUUCUCAGAAAGAUGAUGUGCAAGGAUGCUUCUAGACGCUUGUCUGCAGAUCAAGUACUGAGGCAUCCAUGGGUGAUCAAUGGAGGAGAAAUGGGAGAUCAGACAUAGGCUCCAAGAUUAUGGGAAGAAAGAAGAAAACUUGUGUACAGAGGACCUACCACUCCUUUUAAACUCAUGAUAUGCAGGGGGUAA